UUGUGUUCCCACCUUCUUCCUUAACCAGCGAGCCCACUAAAUGGUCCCAUCAAUCUCUAACAAUUCCGCAGGCCCUGCGAUAUUUUCUGAACCCUAAAACCAGUCCUGUAGCCAAGACAUCCAUUAAAUAAAGCAGUUCUAAACGAACGUUGAAACACAAUGCGCUCGGACGGCAAUUUGCUCUGCUAACUGCUCUGUGACCAGAAUACGGACUGAAUGACAUCAUUAGAGCACUGCGGCAGAGAAAAUCGGGGAUCGAUGAGACGGGCAAAAGAAAUAGCUUUGAAAAUUAUUGAAAAGGACCGCGGCAGGUGCGGACGGCGGGGAAUACGGGUCGGCGGCGGGUAGGACCGGGCAUUAAACGUCGUCGGGACGGUUCCGGAGCGGACGUCUCGGCGAUAAUCCGUCGACAUAACCUCAAAAAAGGAACGGGUUCGUACCGCGGCGGCCUUGUGAGAACGGUAUCCGGAUAUCGCCGCGGCGAGGAAGAAACGGGAGGCCGGGUCUCGAAGGUUCUCGCUCGCGGACGACGCAAUGCCACGAAAAAAGUCAACGAAACUUGCGCAGGAGCUGGCAGCAAAGUCAAGAGCCCUCGCAGUUGACACAUGUCAAGCGUGCAGUGCGACUCGAAAAAACGUCGGGGCGGCCGACAACACACAAUCACGAAUACGGAUGUGAAAUCGACACUCACCGCAGCGCCCGGCGUUGCUCGACGACUGGCCCAUUAUUCUCACGCCGACGGCGAUGGCAGGCACGAGAUAAAGCACUCGGUGAUCGCGGCGUGCUCACGUGAAAAACCGGACGCAUGAGUGCGCGAAAGACCGACACAUUUUUCGAAAAAUACUAUCACAUCGUGUACCCGCAGUGUCGCUACGACAGAGACGGACGGCCGCUUCGGAGCGACGAGGUGAUUGGCCCGCGAGACGGUGCGCAUGCGCGACCCGCGGGAUUUUGAAUCGCCUCGCGUUAUCAAGCGAGACGCGGACAAGUUUCACCAGCUGUCGGUCCUCGCCGAGGCCUUCCGUCGUCUGCCACCGGAUUAACAAAGAUCCCGGGUCAGGCCCGAGGGAGACCGCACGCAUUGCCGGGGUUCCCUUCGCCCCGGGUCGCACGAUCCAGGAGAAAGAGAGAUCAUUGAUCAGAGUCCCUCGUACACCCGCCGAAAGAAGACCUGAAUCAACGACCACGAAUCAUCGCCUUGGUAACCGUCCGGCAAAACACUGGGUCGCGGAUGCGAUACGCCGCGAACAGCGUCGUCGUCGUCGCCGUCGUCGUCGUCGUCGUCGUCGUCGUCGCCGCCGCCGAGGAACAAUCCCCGGUUCUUGGCUUCGCCCGAAUGGAUCUGACAACCGGGACACGUUGACACUGCGUUGCGACUGGCACACGUCGUUCUUACAUUUCGCCUGACAUGAGCCCGCUGGAGGAACGCGACUCGAAGGACUCUGGGUUCAACAGCUGACGGCUGAUCAGGGCGCUCGAUUCCUGGCUACAUCGGACCCGGGGAAAGAUGGAUGUCGGCUUCUCUUGGAUCCUCUGUUUCGGGCUGAUACUCGUCGUGUCGCAAGCAGGCUGGGCCAUUGACUGUUUCAAGUGCGUGUCAAUCGACGGGGACAAUAAGCCCUGCGACGACCCGUUCCACAAUAACGGGAGCCUCGCAUUCUUGGAGUCGCCAUGCCUGGGAGGCCGCAAGGGCCGCGAUGGUCUCUUCCCUGCGACCGCGUGCAUCAAAAUAGCAGGCAUAUACGAUGAGUCUGGGAUCUCAUUGACGGUGAGGAGCUGCGCGUUGGACAGCGGAUCUUUGACGACCGAUUCGGAAAUUAUAAGAAUGUCGCAUUGCGGAGGGUUCUACUUCGACGACAAAUACGUCCGCGGUUGCGUGCAAUCCUGCAACGAUGCGGACGCUUGCAACGGAUCCACGCGACAUGCAGCCUCGUUCAUGCUUCUAAUAUUGUCGCUUUUCGCCGAGUUCGUCUGACGAUGAUUUACCACAUAUCACGUAUCGAUUACAAUCAUAGGCAAUUAUUGUAUAUAAGAAAGAGAGAGCCUUUUAUCGGAACAUACGCAUAACGGACCACUUCGAACUUAAAACUAUGGAUACGACCAAUUAGCUGUGGACCAACGAUGAGCAAAAAGUAAUAUCAUCGAUAAGAUAACGAUACUAACAUCAAUUAUCAGAGAACUAUUUACGAUUAGACUAAUUAGUACAAUACGAAGUCCGGAUAUGAAGUAUGUUUGAUUUCGCUGUGUUCGGGUGGUUUUUGAAGGGAGAACACUCGUGCCCGAAUUGUACAGAGUUUAAAGUUUUUGAGAAGUUAUAUUUAUAAAUUGUUUUAUUUGAAGAAUUUUAUUAGAUUUAUUCUACGUAAAAAACCGUUUAGAUGAUUCAGCGAAGUGCAUUAUCAAACGCUGCAGCAAACACACGCCCGACAUCGUUCAUUAAUAUUUGUUUAAAUAUGGAUCACUUGCUAGAAUGAGUCCAUAUACAUAUACAUACACAUACUCGUAUCGGACAUACUACAUAGUCGAAUAAUAUUCAAGACGAACUCACUAUUUGAUACUGCUAGAUAGUUUGCAAAUAGGAACGACGAAAGAACUGCCAUGAUUAUUACGAGUACUUAUAUACAAAACAUAACCAUUAAUUUAAAUCGAUCAGAUAUCGUAAAGGGUAUGAAGAAUAGAAUAUACAUAUAUAUUAUAUAAUAGUCAUCGCUUGACAACAGUGAGAUAUAUAUAUAUAUAU